AAAGGACAUAAAAUUUGCAUUUAUGGAAUGGCGUGCCGACAAUUUCCCAUUCGCCAGUCACAGAUUCUGUUCCAAUUCUACCAUCCGUGAGAAGAGAAACGAAGAGUGAUUGUUGAUCGAAGGAAAUUUCCAAGACUGACUCUCUUUUUGACUCUGUGCACUGUGCUUCUUUAUCUCCAGCGUCUCUCCAAAUCAAUUGAUAAUUGGACUCUUCGUCAAAAGGUCUCUUUGAAAAAGACAGGUGCAUAAAACCCUUCUCGCUAAGCUAUACUUGUCCUUGCUCUUACCCCCGAAGUAUCAGGCUCCCCGGUUGACUCUGCCAAUAGGGAGGGUUAAUUACUAAAGAAGGUUUCUGCUUGCUGGCGUUGAUUUCUACUUCUAUGCUCAUGCUUUAUCAAACAGUGAACAAUAAAUGAAUGCAGACAGAAUGCUGGAGUCUACUCUUGAGGAGAUACUUGAGGUUAUUAAACCCUUACGAGAGGACUGGGCAGUGCGAUCUACAAUUAUAGAAGAGUUAAAAGAUGUUGUUUCAUCUGUUGAGUCUCUUAGAGGUGCAACAGUGGAGCCAUUUGGUUCAUUUGUUUCCAAUCUCUUCACUCGAUGGGGAGACUUGGAUAUCUCUGUUGUGCUAUCAAAUGGUUCAUAUAUUUCAUCUGCUGGAAAGAAGCAUAAACAGAACUUACUUGGAGAAUUACUAAGAGCUUUGAGGCAGAAAGGUGGAUGGCGCAGAUUACAGUUUGUCCCAAAUGCUAGAGUUCCUAUCUUAAAAUUUGAGAGUGGCCGCCAGAGCAUUUCUUGUGAUAUUUCAAUUGACAAUUUACAGGGACAAAUGAAGUCCAAUUUCUUGUUCUGGAUCAAUCAGAUAGAUGGUCGCUUUCGUGAUAUGGUCUUACUGGUCAAGGAAUGGGCCAAAUCUCAUAAUAUCAAUAAUCCAAAGGCUGGGUCAUUGAACUCAUACUCUCUCAGUUUACUUGUUGUAUUCCAUUUUCAGACAUGUGUGCCUGCUAUUUUACCUCCCCUUAGAGAAAUUUAUCCAAGAAAUGUUGUUGAUGAUCUUACAGGUGUGAGGACUGCUGCGGAGAAACGCAUUAAAGAAAUAUGUAAUGCUAACAUAUCUAGGUAUAUGUCAGACAAAUACAGGGCAGCCAAUCGAAGUUCCCUUUCUGAGCUUUUCAUUUCUUUCCUUGCGAAGUUCUGUGACAUUAGUUCAAAGGCUGCAGAGCUGGGGAUUUGCACAUUCACGGGACAGUGGCUAGAUAUAAAAAGCAAUAUGAGAUGGUUACCCAGAACAUAUGCAAUAUUUAUUGAAGAUCCUUUUGAGCAGCCGGAAAAUACUGCAAGGGCUGUCAGUGCUCGCAACCUGAAAAGGAUAUCUGAAGCAUUUCAGAUGACCUACCAGAGGCUUGUUUUGGCCAAUGGCAAUCAGGGUUCUCUUCUUAGCACGUUAGUCAGGCCACAUAUAUUAAAGUUCAUUGCAGGGAACCCUGUGCGGAACCCAAGUUAUACUCCUAUGCACUAUCAAAAUACUCAUCUACAAAUCAGCAGGGCUGUGGCAUCACCAUCACACGUGCAUCAUCAAAUUAAACAUCCUAACCAUUUCACCAAGCAAAGACUGGAAAAUCAUGCCAACAAUUCAAAUUCACAAGAUCAGCAUCCAGUUCAGACCACGAGGCUGGAAACAUAUCCAAAACAUUUCACCAAGCGAAGACAAGGUCAUGCUGAUGAUACAAGACUUGAAAAACAUCCCAAUUAUUUCACCGAGAAAAGACUGGAAAAACAUCCCAUCCACUUCACCAAGCAAAGACAGGAAACUCAUUCUGACAGUUUGAGCAAGCAAAGACAGGAAAGUAAUCCAAAAAAUUCAACCAGGCAAAACCCUCAACAUAUUUGGAGACCAAAAUCUGAUGGAUAGAACUUAGAAGGCUUCAUUUUUUCUCCUUUUGGGUUAUUUUCCAGAAAGGAAUGCCAUACUAUUGUUUGAGCCUUCGGCAUAUUUUACAGAUGCUCUGGCUUGUGGCUGAAGCAUAUUGUCUGCGGUUACUGUAGCAGAAAUACUCUGUAAUGAAUGACUGCUUCUAGAAUUUAGGAUGAGAAGGGAACAAAUCAUUAUCAUGAAAGUUUAUGUCUAACUGGGAGGAUAAAAUGGAAUUCUAGUUGUCUGUGAACAUAAAAUUUUUUGAGGCACUCAGAACCUGAAAGGGCAAUGCAUUUCUUUGGAAUACCGUUUGGCAUUUGCCUGCA